UGAGGUGAAGAUGAGCGUCGCCCCGCCCGACCCGGAGGACAAGCCGGGGCCCCCCAGCCCCACGGAGGAGCUGGAGUGUAAGAUCUGCUACCAGCGCUACAACGCCCACAACCGCAAGCCCAAGAUCCUGGACUGCCUGCACCGUGUCUGCGCCCGCUGCCUCAACAAGAUCCUGGACAUGGGCGACGGCUCGGGCUGCAUCUCCUGCCCCUUCUGCCGCCACGAGACCGAGGUCAGCGAGUACGAGGUGUCGGGCCUCCCAGACGACUCCAACAUCAUGUCCCGCCUGGCCGCAACCCGCGACAAGUCCUGGAGCUCCGCCGACAGCAGCAAGGAGGUGGUGCUCACGCCCAAGAGCCUGUCUUCCUCCAGCCCCUCCCACGACUCCUCCAACUGCCUGGUCAUCACCAUCAUGGAGGUGCAGAGGGAUUCGCAGCGUUCGCCCAGCCGCAACGACAGCUCCGACUACUACGCCGAGCAGAGCCUGGACUCUGUGUCGGUGGCGUCCAACGGCCCCGCCGACCAGGACGCGCUGUCCAAGCUGUGUAACCACGUCCCCCGGAUCCUGGUGUGGCUGCUGGGGUUCUUCUACUUCGGCUCGCUACCGCUAGGUAUCUACCUCCUGGUGAUCCAGAGGGUCACGCUGGGCAUCGUGUGUGUCAGCCUGGUGCCGUCCAGCCUGACUGUGUGUCUCGUUUACGGCUUCUGCCAGUGCCUGUGUCAGGGCAUGUGUGACUGCUCUUCCAGGGCCUGACUGACUGACUUGCCGGCUGAUUGGCUGGUGUCAUGGGUUUCUGGCGAUGGUCCCUUGGAUGAUUGGUCACCGGAAGAACAGCUGGAUGUUUUGAAAGGUGGACCCCCGAGAGGACUCUGUGCGAGGGGAAAGCCGCGCUGUAGGGGUUGGAGAUUACCCACGAUGCUCUGUGUGUUCCUGUCUCCCGGUUCCGGGGAUGACAACAGCUUAGUGUCAGUUCUCACUGCUAAGGAUGUGUCCUUAGACCAAGACUUAGGACAACCGAGCACUCUCAAAGAGUAGCCCAAGCCUGGCUACGAUGCACCCAAUUGGUAGUCGAUGUUUCUGUGUUUCUCUGUGUGUGUGUGAGGAUGAACAGUCCCUCUGUGCCAAGCCGUUAUCCCCCAGGUCAAGUGACGUGAUGUGUUCCACCAAAAGUACCCCUCUUUCUGUAAUGCCUCUAUUUACUAUCCGCUUUCUCCGUCCUCCUCUAUAAAAUCCUCUCUCUCUGCCCUCCCUCCCUCCAUUUAUCUCAUUUUCUCUCUCCAUCUAUGCGUGUCCUUUGCUAAUGUUUCACAGAUGAUGUUCACAGCUCUGUUGACCCCCGGAAUAAGUGUAGGUGCACCAGACUGCCCCGCCCAAUAAGGGACAAGGGAUUGCACAGGGGACUAACCAAUCAAAUA